CCUUUUUUUCAUUUCUUAUUAUUAUUUGAUUGUAUUAUGAUUGUUAGAUAUGAUUAUUCAUUUCAUAUUGACGAUACACUUUUCAAAGAUACCGCCAUAAUGAACUGGUUUUAAAAGCGUGUAAUAUUUGCAUAUAUACAUGGAUACAUAGUAGACACAUAUUGAAUUAUUUUGUAGUAUAUGAAAAUAAAAUCUAUUUAUAAACUUGUUUCACUUCUCGUUCUAUCGAUGUAAACAUGUUUUUCAAUGUAGUCAAUAGCCGAUUGUUUUCGUUCCAUUUAAAAGUCAAAUGUUAGCAAUAUUGUAAACAAGAUAGGCAAAGAAAAUUUAGUUCGCGAACAGUCACCUAUUUUAGUGUUUACUGUCGAGUCGGUUAAACGUGUAAGGAAUACAAAAGACAAUAUGGAUGCUGCGAAUUUUGCAUUGGAGUUUAGUCAAUUAUUAAUGCGUUAUACGACACCUAGAAAGACAACGAUUGAGAAGACAGAAGAUACAGAUAUUUCGAAAUUAUCUUCGGGAAUACCAUUAUCAUCGGAAACUAUAAUUCAACUUGUACAAGAUACUCUUAGUACGAUUAUACCCGAACCAUAUGUUCCAAGUAUCAGUAUCAUUUGUAAUAAAACACCAAACAAUGAUAUUAUUAUUAAUACUCCAGAUGCACCCUUUGUUCAACGAGUUACUGUUAAUGGAAAUGGAAUCAUCAGCGAAUGUACAGACAAUUUGUCGAAUAAAUUAUCUCCUACGGAUAAAAAGACUACAUCGCCGUCGAAAUUUAAUUUAAUAAAUAAAGGCAGAUCUGGCACCUUUGUACAAGAUGACGAAAAGAAUACAGAUAAUACUAAUGAAAUAUUUAAAGAAAUUUCUGCAGAUUUCUUAUUCGAGGGUGAAAAUAUACCGAGUUCUGUACGUUUGAAAUUGGAUGCUUUACGCAAAUCUGCCGUUGAAUUUAUUUCACAGAUCGACGAGAUCAAAACUGUAAACAAGGAAUGUAAACAGCCACCAAUAGAGAAAUCGUUGAGACCAAUUAGACGAUUAUCAUCAAUAGGACAUAUUCCAGCUGGACGUUCUUUAUUAAGACCGGAUCAACAACUAUUAAAAAAACGAAGAUCGUUUAUUAAUUUUCAAAACACCACACCAACAUCAUCGAGAUUGAAUAGUACAAUGACAUUAAGUCAAAAUCUAUCGAAAAGGAAAAGUUCGUCAUCAACGUCGCUCAAUGUAACAACAUCUACAGUCUCGACUAAAACUCCAAUAAUUGCAAAUAAUAGAUCUCGUUCUAGUUUAUCUGUGACGGGUUUAAAAAAGUCACCCCUUAGCGAUGGCAGACCAGCGAAAAAUCCUAAAUACGCUCAUAUUCAAAGUAGUAUUCCCAAACCUACCGCAAUUAUCAAAAGAACUUAAAGACUAAUCAUUUUUUUUUCUCCGGAACAAAACUAUAAUUCGUUUUAUUAUUUUUUAUUCGUUUUAUUUAUUCGUUUAUUUAUUUUUUGUUUUUUUUUGUUUUCGCUCCAUGGACAAAGCGAGUACCACUUUAAAAAGGUGUUCACUUUUAUACAUUGUAAAAUAUUUUAUAGGAUCAAAUUUAAUUGAAUAAUAUUAUUUCGCUGGAUCCGCUAAUUUUGUUACCAAAGGUUAAACAUUAUUUAAGUUUUUUUAUAUAUAUAUAUAUUAUAUUUCUUUUGUUCUAUUUAUUAUUCG